UAAGAUAAGCCGAACAUUCACUCCAUGACUUUUUCCUCAAUUGAGUACUCUCGAUAUCAACAUACAAACAUGGCGGCAACAAGAGCACCAAAUGGCGUAGAAAAGCGCACAAGGAAGAAGAACAAGAGUCGCACGGUUGUGGACGUGUCGUCGUCGUCUUCGUCGGAAACCGACAGUGAGAGCGACAGUGGAACCGAUGUAUCUGAGACGAAAAAGGACCCAGCCAAAUCCAAGCAGGUGAACAGCAAGAGCUCUGAAGAUGAUGAUUCGGAUACCGAAAUGCCAGACGCGAACGCUUCUGCAUCAACAAAAUUGAAAUCAAAAUCACAAGCAUCAACCGCUGGACAACCAAGAACAGAAACUGAUACAGAUGAAGAAUUCGCUGCUAUGUAUCUGCGCAAAGUUACCGGUGAGCUCGGGGAUGAUCUGAUCAAAGUGCGCGAGGCACAAGAUUUCAAGAGCAGCAGUCUGCCUAUGUUAGUUCAUGCGCUGAAACAAGGGCGAAGCAUGUACUCCAUAGAUGAGAAGAAGCGGGUUGUCGGUGCCACUGCGGGGCAAGCGGCGUAA